ACUAAUGACGUACUUCCGGGUCGCCUGCUGAGCUUCGUAGCACGUGUGUUACAGCGAGGCAAAGAAAUUCUCAUCCUAUUCGUUAUUUUCACAUUAAACAGUGAUUUUGAGCUGCGGGGCACAAUGACGAAGCCAAAGUUUAAGGGGAAAAGUUCUAUAAAUCCGUCAAAUUCCAGCAGUAAUCCAGAUCGUGUUAAGGGCUCCGGCGGGAACAAUAUGAGGGACCGUGCCACUAUCAAGCGUCUGAAUAUGUACAGACAGAAGCAGCGAUGCAACAGUCGGGGUAAGGUCAUCAAGCCCUUACAGUACCAGUCCACUGUGGCACCUGGGACUGUAGCUAGAGUUGAGCCCAACAUCAAGUGGUUUGCCAAUACUCGGGUCAUCAAGCAGUCGUCGCUGCAGAAGUUUCAGGAGGAGAUGGACACAGUGAAGAAAGAUCCAUACAGAGUGGUGAUGCGCCAGAGCAAACUUCCCAUGUCCCUACUGCAUGGACGAAUCAAAGCACAUAACUCCAAGGUACACAUUCUGGAUACAGAGACUUUUGAGACCACGUUUGGGCCUAAAGCUCAAAGAAAGAGGCCUAAUCUGAAAGUGGGAGAGCUGAAAGAGCUGGCAGAACAGGCUGAGGCUGAGGCUCAGGGUUACGUUGCAGAGAAGGACCGUGACCUGGUGACUGAGGACAGUGGGGUCAGAGACGAGGUUCGUGAGGAAAUUUUCAAGAAGGGCCAGUCAAAGAGAAUCUGGGGCGAGCUUUAUAAGGUGAUCGACUCCUCAGAUGUUGUGAUCCAGGUCCUCGAUGCUCGGGACCCCAUUGGCACACGAUCCCAGAACAUUGAGACCUACCUGAAGAAAGAAAAACCAUGGAAACACCUCAUCUUUGUACUCAACAAAUGUGACCUGAUUCCCACCUGGGUGACGAAACGCUGGGUUGCAGUACUGUCUCAGGAAUACCCCACGUUGGCCUUUCAUGCCAGCCUUACCAACUCCUUUGGGAAAGGCUCUCUUAUUCAACUCCUCCGUCAGUUUGGAAAGCUCCACGUAGACAAGAAGCAGAUCAGUGUGGGUUUCAUUGGAUAUCCCAAUGUUGGGAAGAGCUCAGUCAUCAACACGCUUCGUUCCAAAAAGGUCUGCAAUGUGGCUCCUAUUGCUGGUGAGACCAAGGUAUGGCAGUACAUCACACUAAUGAGACGCAUUUUUCUGAUUGACUGCCCUGGAGUUGUGUAUCCCUCUGAGGAUAGUGAGAGUGACAUUGUGCUGAAGGGAGUGGUCCAGGUGGAGAAGAUCCGUAACCCGGAGGAUCACAUCGGGGCUGUUCUGGAGAGAGCAAAACCCGAAUACAUCCAGAAAACCUAUCACAUCCCAUCCUGGAGCUCUGCUGAGGAUUUCUUGGAAAAACUGGCCUUUCGCACGGGAAAACUGCUUAAGGGAGGAGAACCUGAUAUGUCCACUGUUUCCAAAAUGGUGCUAAAUGACUGGCAGAGGGGACGCAUCCCAUUUUUUGUCAAACCACCUGGAUCUGAGACUGAUGAGGAGGGUUACACACAGUUGCCAGCAGAGAGGAGUGAAGUGGAUGCGGUUUAUGAAGACCAACUGGAGCAGCAGCACACAGAGGUGACUGAAACCACUGAGUUUGAUGCACAGCUACAGCAGAAACAAGAACAUGUGCAAAGGAUCAUCGCUGGUGUCAAGCAGAACUUUGGCAAAAUUAAUGUCGCUCCCGAGUUCAGCGAGGAAGAUCUCGUACCAGUGGAGAUGCCUGAUCUGUCAGACUCUUGUGGAUCAGAGGAAGAGGAUGAAGAGGCAAGGGAGGAGGAGGAAGAAGAGAAAGAUUUGGAGGAGAAUGGAAAUGCAGAAGCAGAAAAUGUAAAAACAGAGGAAGGAAAAGAGUUGUGUGUUCCUGGCAGUUCUGACAGAGCUGUGGCCAAGAGUACACGUGAGGUGAACAAAGAGUUGGACGAGAAGAUAUCCAAACUGAAGCGUUUCCUCGACAGCGCCAAGUCCAAACGUUUCUCCACCAUUCGAAUUCCUAAGGGCCUUUCAGAGAAGGUUUCUGUUUCGGGUGAAACGAACACACACCAGCAGAACAUAAAGAAGCCACAGUCAAAAGCAGCGGUACAAGUCAACAGGAAGAGAAAGGCUUUCGACAAUGAGGAGCCAGUGCAGCAGAAUAAACUCACAUGUAAAGAGAAACGAAGGCUCGAACGCACACAGAAGAUAAAGAAGGUCGGCGUCCGCUACUACGACACACACAAUGUUAAGAACAAAAAUAAGAACAGACAAGUGCCCACGGAAGGCAAUAAAGGCAAAAGAGCUAAGCGAUAAAACAAUUUGCUUAGUCACAGCUGUAUUUUCUAUGGACUUGUCUAGUUUGGGACAAGGGGGUGCGGGACAUGAAGGUGUAUAUGAGGAGCAUUUACUGUGAGGAACUGGAAUUGAAUCAGAACUUCUCAAAUGCACUUUAUUCAAUACACCAUCCAAUCACUUAACAGUGUGGUCCACUACACCAUAUUUUCUCUGAAAAUGUACAUCAAAGGAGAACUCCUAAAUAAAGUAAACAUAUCGAAACAUUA